CAGACGGUGUCGCCGUACGAGGAGGUGACGAGCCCGGAGGCGGAGCCGGGCCGCGCCGUCACCUGCUUCUACCGGCUGCGCACGGCGCGCAAGGACCUCGUGCUGCGACUGCGCUUCCGCCGCUUCAAGGUCGGCGUCCUCGUCAACGGCACGCACUGCCUGCGCGGCUACUUACAGAUCGUGGACGGCAAUGCGAAGACGGAGCUGAGUAACCGCAAGGAUCCGGGCAUGUUCUGCGGCGAGACGGAGCAGCCGCAGACGUUCAUCUCGGAGACAAGCUUCGUCAAGGUGGUGUUCCACGUGGAAAACUUCACGGACCAGACCUACUUCAGCUUCGAAUCCCGCGUGGAGCAGCAGCUGGAGGUGUACGCGCGCUACGGCCACCACCCCGAGCUCUACCCCAACAGGCGCGGCCAGGUUGUGCCAGGGUCUUACUGCGAGCGCGUGUUCCGCGACUGCCGCCUGCAGACGUGCUACGUGCAGUCUCCCGCCUACCCAGGCGUCUACCCCAGGGGGCUGCACUGCCGCUACCAGCUCAACACGAGGCUGCCCUUCAUCAAGCUCUACAUCGAGAACGAGGUCUUCAACAUCGACGGCCAGCGCUGCGAGAACAUCAUGACCUGUCCCAUGAGGCCCAUCUCGUCGGGCGCCGAGAACUGCCCGUACGACUACAUUAAGGUGUACGACGGGAAGAACGAGAGCGCACCAGUCAUCGGCGUCUUCUGCGGGAUGGGACACUUCCCAUAUUCGAUCAUCGGCACUUCGGAAGACCUGCUGGUGGAGUUCUCGAGCUCUCCGGCGGGCCCGCUGCUCAAUACUGGCUUCCACUUCAACGUGGGCAGCUGGCCGGGCCACGGGAAGCUGGCGGGAGUGCGCAACGGCACGUGCGACUGGCUGCUUACCGGCGACGACCUGGGGUCCGACCAGGAGGGCAUCUUCCAGAGCGUCGCCCACUGGUACCCGCCCCACUCCUCCUGCACCUACCUGCUGCAGGGCCGGCCCGGACAGGUCGUGCGCCUCUACUUCCCCAGCUUUCGAAUCAACACGAUAGAGGCGCCCAUCCAGCCCUAUGACGGGGACUGCGGCGAGUCUCUGACGCUGUACGACGCGUCGUGGGCGGACGACGCGCGAAUUAUCAAAACCUUCUGCGACACCUUCUCCAGGGCCAUGGAGAAGCACGACUUCGUAUCCAGCGGCAGCUCCAUGUUCGUCCGCUUUGAAAGCAAGACUGGUAGCUACUCAGGGUCUUCGCUGUACUACUGGGCGCACUACGACUUCUUCAACGCGAGCCGCAGCGGCGACCCGGUGGCGGGCAGCGCCUGCGAUGAGCAGUUCGUGGCGUGGAGGAGCGCCUCAGGGUACCUGCGCUCGCCUCUCAACACGCUGGUGUACAAGCGGCACGCCGACCCGCACCACAGCGUGCGCUGCCAGUACCGCUUCAUAUCCGACCGGAGGCUCUUCGCCAGGGUCAUCCUCACCAUAGAGUCCAUGGCUUUCAAGGACAACCCGUACAGCGUGGGCCGGUGCGGCGACUGCCUGCGCGACCGCGCGGACAAGCUGGUGGUGCUGGAGCCGGCGAGCAACGCGUCGUCGCCCGUGUCGGCGGUGCUGUCGGCGUGCCUGUGCCACGGGGGCGCGCAGCUGCCGCCGCUGUCGGUGGUGUCGCGCGGCGAGCGCCUCACGCUGGAGCUGCGCGUCGACGCGGCGCACGCCGCCUCCAGCUACUUCAAGCACGCGCCGCCGCUGUUCGAGGCGCGCUACCGCUUCGUGCACGCGCCGCUGUGCGGGCCGCCGCUGCUGCCGCUCGCCACCGACGGCGAGCUGCGCUUCCCCAACUUCGAGGCGCUGCUGGGCUUCGCGGAGCCGCCGCGCUCGCUGCACUGCAUCUGGCGGCUGGCGGUGCGGCCGGAGCGCCACCUCUGGCUGCACUUCGAGGACGCGCGGUUGGCGUCACGCGACUGCCGGCUGUCGGUGUCGCUGCCCGCUCGGCCCGCGCCGCUGCUCUUCGCGUGCGGCGUCAACGCCAGUGCCUUGCAGGAGCUGCCCGUCAUCGCGGCCGCCGACCUGCUCCCAUAUGUAGGUGGCCGGUGCUGGCCGAAGACGGAUUCCGGGUCGGCGCCGUCGUCGAGCGAGGCCGGCGAGGACGGGGAGGAGGCGUCGGCGCCCUCUUCCUACUACGUGACGCGCGCCGACGCGGCCGAGGACUGCGAGUUCCCGUGCCCGGGCGACGCGGGCUACUGCAUCCCGGCGCGGCUCGUCUGCAACGGCGUCGCCAACUGCCCGGCCAACGCGACGCUGGCGGCGGCCCAGGGCGACGAGGGCAGCGCGCUCUGCACGCGCCCCGACGCCGCCGACGUCAACUGGCUGGCCGUCGCGCUGUCCGCCGGCGCCGCCGCGCUGCUCGCGCUCGCCGCCUGCGUCGCCAUCGUCUGCCGCUCCUGCUGCGCCGGCGGCGCCGAUGCCGACAAGGCCGUCGCCGGGGACGUCGCGGCGGGAGGAGGCGUCGGCGUCGGCGGCGGCGGCGGCGGCGGGGGCGGCAUAGACGACGAGCGCGCCUACGACGGCUACCGGCGAUGA